UUGCAAAAAUAAAUCAUUUCAAGCCUGUCUAUUUUUUAAAGAUCGUGUCAUACAGUUGAUUUAUUAAAAAUCAAAAUUCAGAGGCCAAAUUCAUUUAACCCAAUAGAGGUGGAUAUAUUAUAAAGUUUGGUUAUGAAACAGGCAACAUGAACUGUUUUAAAUGGACAAUUUUGAUUUUUGGGGUAAUAUGUCUGCAAUACACCUGGGCCCUAUCAAUACAGCGAUCGCUGAAUAAAGAUCACCUUAAAAAAGAACAAAUGCAGCAGAUAGAAGACAUUUUCCCUGCUUUAAUUGAAAAUGAAGAAGAGUGGGGACCUUUCGAGAUGGGAAAAGGACAAGGAGUAGGUUUUGGACACACGCCAAUUUCAUUAGAUGUAGAGGAAACAGGCUUAGACCGGAAACUGCUCGGACUUCCGGGAUGGGAGUACCUCACCGUUGGUAUGGUGGUAGUAGUUGCUGCCGUUAUUGGAGGAAGUGUAGCGAUCGUCUGCAAAAAGUGCGGCGGUUUGUUUGGAAGACGUUCGGAAAAAGGCUCAGCAGUUAACUUGGAUGAAGUUUAAACUAUUUUUCGAAAUAUGGUCAAAUUGUUCACAAUGUCGCUAGUUGUGGAGAUACAUUUAAAAGUAAAAAAAGAAUUAUACAAUAAACCUUUCAUGAAAUCUGA